AUGAACGGUGUCUACUCUGAUGUACGGGUCUACGCAACAAUAUCGUCGAACAGCAAGCGGGUCAAGUCCAAUGUUCCUUCUGGUGCCAGUUUUGAACAGCAGAACAUCUCUCACAGCUGUAGGAGAGAGCAUGAAAUCGCCGCCGCCAAGCGGCCUAUACGGAGGCUGAAAAACCCUCGGAGGAGGACGGAAGCACAACCACCAUCAAUGCUCCGCGGUGCAAGAGAUGGCAUGAUGAAGCGCGUGGCAGACAAGAUCGUAACGAGCGGACCAAGCAGCAUGUGCCAGUAUGGAAGCGUCGCGGCAACCCUACCUCCAGUGACACCAACGCACAGACGAGUUGCAUCUCUUCAAGAAGAGCCUGGUUCUUCGGGAAAUUCAAGCUCUUCGCAACACUCCCCACUUCAGACUUGA